GAAUAGUUUUGCUUUUGGCGGUAUCCACAUCAAGUUGUAACCACUACAUCAACAUGACAAGCUUGGCGUAGGAGUACAGAACAUUUUCAGAUGCCUUGUUUCAGAAAUGUACACUAAGUCUAGACUAGACCGUAAUAUUUUACCUACAACAAAUAAAAGUGUGGGAAGUAAGCAACCUAAUUGCUCAUUACGUGUCAAAAAUCAAAAUGCAUAUUAAUGAGCUACCCCCUGGUAUAAAAGGGUGGGAUUGGAUGUACAGAGCACAUUCCAACCCCAUCGUUUGGGACUCACACACCAAGUAACCAGUACUUCAGUAUAAUCCUCAAAGAUGAUGAAGUUUGUGUUGUUCGCCGCUGUGCUGGCGUGCUGCGCCUACGUGAGCGUGUCCCAAGUGCGGGGCGGCGUGUACUGCGGCCGGCAGCUGUCCGAGACGCUGGCGACCCUGUGCUGGGGCCCCGAGCUCAGCAAGCGCAGCUGGUGGGUGCCGCCGGCGGGCGCGCUGGCUGGCGUGCGCGGCAAGCGCGGCCUGGUGGACGAGUGCUGCAGCAAGGCCUGCACUAUAGACGAGCUAAUGAUGUACUGUUAGAUAAGGUGAAGCUUUUGAUAUUAUAUUUGACUGAUAUGGGGAUGAUGUAAAUAUAUGAGCGAUGUUUAUAUUGUA